AUGGGCCUGAUACGGCGGCCAGCCCCCUCGCCGCAGUUGGUGGGCGACGAGGAUGAUGCCAGCCCUCUGCUUGCUGGCAGCAGCAGCUCCAGCUGCGGUAGUGGCAGCAGCGGCGGCGAGGCUGACGGCCGCAGAGAUGCAUCUUACUUGGUCGGCGCAGCGGCGAACAGCGGCCGCGGCUCCGUGGCCGCGCCACUGGAGACCCCCGCUGGCCCGGCCAAGUCGCGGCUCAGAAACGUCAGCGGUUUCGACCUGCCCGCGCCGACGCUGCCUGCGCCGGCGCCGCUCGCGACGGCCGCACCCGCCGCCGAGCAUACCAGCGCCAGCUGGGCCUACAUCUCUAUGCUCACCAACAAUGGCGUCUUCCUGGCGCUGGUCGCGUACCUCGUUUUUGCGAUCAGCGCUUUCAGCGUCAAGCUCACCCACGGCCGGGUGCCGGUCCUGGAGCUGUGUCUAGUCCGCAGCGCGCUGUCCUUCGGCAUGUGCGUCGCGCUCAUGCGGGGCAUGAGGAUCUCGCCGAUGUUCGGCAAGCGCAGCAGCUGGCCACUGCUCCUUGCGCGCGGGUGCUUUGGCAGCAUGGGCAUGGUGCUCUAUUACGUGAGCAUACAGCUGGUGCCGCUUGGGGAUGCGGUCACGCUAGGCCUGAUUCAGCCGCCCAUCACGGCCGUGCUGGCACGCCUUGUGCUGGGGGAGCCCCUCGGCAUCCGCGGCGCGAUGGGGUGCCUCGUCAGCCUCGCGGGCGUCGUCUUCAUCUGCCAGCCGCCCUUCCUGUUUGGCGGCAGCACAGGUGGCGCGGCCGACGCCGCAACGCGCAUGCGUCUCCUGGGUUCUGCGGCGGGCUUGACGGCGGCGGUGCUGAGCGCUUUCAGCUUUUUGGCAAUCAGGAAGCUCGGGGCGGCUGAGAAAGCGCCCGUUGUGGCGAUGGCCUUCCACACUGCGUCGCUCAUCAUUUCGUCAGGCCCCCUGCUGGCCGGCUGGCCGCAGAAGGCGCGCGUGCCGGAAGAGUACGACGCAGGGCUGCUUGUGGGCGUGGCGGUGACGUCGUUCUUUGCGCAGCUGCUGAUGACGCGCGCGCUGCAGCUCACGGCGGCGGCGCGGGUGUCUUCAACGAGCUUCACCCAGCGUUCGCUGCGAGCGAUUGAGUCAAUCCGCCGCAUGUCCGUCGACAUCACCGAGGGUGGCGCCGCAGCCGCCAGAUCGCUGAUUAACCAGAUUGGCCAGAUCAGCGCUGCCGCGGCGGCACAGAUGGAGCAGCAGCCCAGCAUGACCAUGGCUGACCUGGCUAUGGCUGCGGAGGGCGCGUGCAGCGCUUGCACAGCCGCGCUUGCAGCAUCGACGGCCGCGUACGAAGCCGCCAGCGCGGCGGACGACGGCGGCGCGGCAGGUGCGGCCGCGGCCGAGACGCAGACAGCGCCCCGCGCCAUGCAGGCCGUGGCAGCGGCGGCCGCGGCCGAGGUCGUCGCCGCGGCUUUCCGAGGGGACGAGCUCCAGGCGUCGAGCGGAGGAGCAGCGCGCUGCAGCGGGGGCGCCAGCGCAGGCGGCGGCCUCAUCCCGGCCGUCGCCGCGGUGGAGGUGAGGUCGCGCGGGCAUUUGUGCAGCGACGAGCCCGACGGCCUGACAACCUCGGACGACCUGGACGACGCGGCCGAGGGCCUGCUGCAGCAGUUCAAGGAGCGGAGCGAUGCACCGCCGGCCGCUGCUGCAGGCGCGCAACCCAGAAUGAGCAGCCAGCUGUCUGGACAGCUGGACCAACCCCCUGGUGGUGGCAGCGAUGGUGGUGGCGCGCGCGGCGAGGUGAACUGA